GCUGGUAUAGUUUGUUUCAAAUGUGGUCAGGCUGGUCAUAAGAGUAAUGUAUGUACUGCUGAAGUAAAGAGGUGUUUUCGCUGUGGUAAGACUGGCCAUGCAAUAGCUGAUUGCAAGCACAAGGAAAUGAUUUGUUUUAAUUGUGGCGAAGAAGGGCAUAUUGGAAGUCAGUGUCAGAAGCCAAAGAAAUCUCAAACUGGAAAGGUGUUCGCAUUGACCGGAACUCAAACCUCCAGUGAGGACAGACUUAUCCGAGGUACAUGUUUCAUAAAUGGUACUCCUUUAAUUACUAUUAUUGAUACCGGUGCUACACACUGUUUUAUUUAUGCUAACUGUGCUCGAAGACUGGGUUUAAAAUUGUCCGUUUUGGAUGGUGAAUUGAUUGUUGAGACCCCAGCUAAGGGAUCAAUAACUACUUCUUUGGUAUGUUUAAAAUGUCCUUUGUCGAUCUUCGAUAAAGAUUUCUAUGUUGAUUUAGUAUGUUUGCCGUUGGAUGGGAUGGAUGUAAUUCUUGGUAUGAACUGGUUAGAGUAUAAUUAUGUUCAUAUAAAUUGUCAUCAUAAGUCGGUGAGGUUUUCCACUCCUGAAGAGGAAGGAGUUGACUUAUUACCUUUCAGAGAAUUGCGAAAAUUGAUGAAAGAGGGAGCUCAGAUGUUUUCUUUGAUGGCGACGUUGUCGGUUGAGAGUAAAGCUAAGAUUGAGGAACUGUUAGUGGUGAAAGAAUUCCCUGAAGUUUUUCCUGAUGAAAUUCCUAGUGUGCCGCCAGAGAGGGAAGUUGAAUUUACUAUUGAUCUGGUACCUGGUACUAGGCCUGUUUCGAUGGCACCGUAUAGAAUGUCGGCAUCUGAAUUACCAAGUGUGUCACCGUGGGGAGCUCCAGUGUUGCUAGUAAAGAAGAAAGAUGGUAGUAUGAGGCUUUGUAUUGAUUAUAGACAAUUGAAUAAAGUAACGAUCAAGAAUAAGUAU